AUGUUAUUAUUGUCUUUCUAGGAAGAUGGUGAGGUUUUUUUUUUUUUUUUCCUUUUCAGUCUCACUCCGUCACCCAGACUGGAGUGCGGUGGCAUGAUCUCAGCUCAAUGCAACCUCUGCCUCCUGCGUUCAAGUGAGUCUCAUGCCUCACCCUCCCUAUUAGCUGGGAUCACAGGUGUGUACCACGACACCCGUCUAAUCCUUUGGUAUCCUUAGUAGAGACGGGGUUUCACCAUGUUGGUCAGGCUGGUUUCAAACUCCUGGCCUCAUGUGAUCCAUCCAUCUUGGCCUCCCAAAGUGCUGGGAUCACAGGCAGGGGCCACCGCAUCUGGCCGAUUGUGA